UGUAAACUCAACAUGGUAAUUUGAGCAAACCGGGGGAGGGGAUCGAAAUAAAACUCUCGGAGGUGUGGGAACAGGACAGGGCAGAAAGACGCGCACACACGUGGAGAGGAGCAAACGGAGCUCCACUUUUUUUUUUCUAAGGAGACGUAUUUCCCGAAGUCUGCUGCUGUGUUCAAAGCGAUAUAGGCUACAACAAUGAUCCUGGAAGAGCCACAUAGGUGACUGGGAAGAAGCGAUUUGUGUGUGUGUGUGUGAUCUUCUGUAGACUGAUUAAGAAAAUAAAAGCGCACAGGAGAGCAGGGUCAUGGAAAACCCCUGGAGGAGGACGCAGACUGUGAGAUGGAAGUUGUUCAGGAGCUCGCUGCUGCUUUGUUUAUUCUCUGGCAGCAGUGAAGCCCAGUGUGAAGGCUGCAUAGAGUACUGCUGCGAUGGCUCUCCGCCUUUCUGCUGCUCCUACUACGCCUACGUGGGCGACGUCCUCUCGGGCACUGCCAUCUCCGGGAUCGUGUUCGGGGUGGUGUUUCUGAUGGGGGUGGUGGUGGCGCUGUUCCUGUGUGUGUGUAUGUGCAUGAAGAACGGGCGGGGGGCGCGGGUCGGCGUGUUCAGCACCUCCUACAUCAACACUGUGACUCAGGGAUACCCCGGUCCUCCACCUCCAUACACCUAUGACUACGAGAUGUACCCUCCCUCGCUGCAGCCCCCACCUUACACCCCAUCUCAGCCUUCGCCUGCCAAUUACUCCCCUCCUCCUCCGUACCCGGGAUGUACCCGCAAGUGAAUCCCUGCACAGAUCCUCUACCAGUCAUCUAAAAGGACCUGAUCGAUGUCUCCACACCAUGAUUUGCAUCUCUGGCCUCCAAAGACAAUUUAACAGGCCUGAAUAUAUUCCACAUUUAAAGACAUGGGACCCAGUGCAAUAUUGUUCAGCAGGCCAGGUGUAAAUGUCACUGCCUUUCUGCAGGUGUCUGGACCAAAUGUUGGGGAAAUUAAUAGUAAAUUAAAAUUGUCAUAGAGUUAGCAGCUCUGCUAGCCUGCAGCUGGCACUUCCUAAUAACGAAUACUCUCAUUCGUCCCCGACUGUGCACAUCAAAGGCACCACCCCGCUUUGAUGCAGGUGAAGACCACUUUUGUCAGCAUGGAGCGGUACCUUACAUCACUGGAGGAAAAAAGUUUUUUUAAAGGGUAAUGGAAAUGAAGCUUUAUUAUAAUAUAAGAAAAGUAUUUCCAGGACACAGUGCAGACAUGAAAAGUGACCUAUUUUUAAAUAAAAAAUCAAUUUAUAUUGUGACUCAAGAGGAAGCAGAUGAUCACUAUUAUGUGUAGACUUGAAUUUAAGGCAUUAUACUGACUUAAUUGGCAACUUGUUGGUAAUUAACUCCUUUUUAUUGCCUUACUUGAGUCAAUGUCAUGGUGGACACUGAACUGGGGGUCACAUUAUGAUUAGUGUGGUAAAGAAAUUUGUGUUUUAUUUGUAUUUUAUUGCAUCACAGGUUAAUUAAAGUAUGGAAAAGGGAAUUGACCCCACUGUGUAAUGGCUGAUACAUGUGAUGGACAACUGUGAAAAAUGGAAGGGAUUUAGGUUUAAUAUUAAUAAUGAAUUAGGUAAAUGAUUUCGUGUCUUUAUUAUGUUUACUUCUUGUAAAUUAAAGAUGUGAUUAAAGCGUU